ACGCACACGUGACUAAUCUUGCACAUACACGUAAACGACGUCCAUCUAUUUUGAAAUACAGAUACAUAUAGCAAUUUGCUAUGCCUUUUCUUGAGGAUUCAUCCACCAAGAUUUUAGCUUUCUGGUUGAAUUUGAUUUAUUAACAACAGAACUAGAUAAGAUGAAAAUUGAUGAAGGUUUCAUGGGGCUAUAUGACUAUGAGGCAGGAUCGACAAAUAAAUUAGAGGAUGAAGCUUGUUCAUUUUUCCCUGAUCCGAAUCUGAUUAAUAAUCUCAAGGUUAGUGAUAAUUUAGUCAACACGAAUCAUGUUGACAUGAGUCCAUUUCAAUCUGUUGUGGAACCAAAUACCGAAGCCUGUUCCUUUUUCCCUGAUGAUAAUCUCAGAGAUAGCGAUAAUCUAGUCAACAGGAAUGGUGAUAUUAGUCCAUUCCAAUCUGAUGUGGAACCAAAUACUUUAGUCCCAUCAACUGCAGAUGAUGCCUUUCACGAGGAUUAUGAUUUCAGUGAUGUGGUGCUUAAGUAUAUAAAUCAAAUGCUUAUGGAAGAGGACAUUGAAGAAAAGAAUUGCAUGUUUCAAGAGUCUGCAGCUCUUCAAGCUGCAGAAAGAUCGUUUUAUGAUGUUAUCGGACAGAAGUACCCUCCUUCCCAAAAUCACGAGAAACCAUUCAAUUUAGGUCAGAAUGGACAUUAUACUGAUCAUAGCAGUUUUUCCUAUAGUGCAAAUGAUGGUAGUGAUGACGUGUCACAUGUGCCUCAUGUUACUGAUGGUGUUGCUUUGCAUUCAACUUCUCGGUCAUCCUAUAGUUCGUCAGGUACUAUCACGGAUGUGCAUGUGGAUUCUCCUGCGAGCACAGAAAGGGUUCCCGACAUAUUUAGCGACAGAGAGUCUAUUAUGCAGUUUAAGAAAGGGGUGGAGGAGGCAAGUAAGUUCCUUCCUACGGGCAAUAGCUUGCUUGCUGAUGUGAGAUAUAAUGUAGCGGGAAAGGAGCAGUAUGAAGAGAGAAAAGAUGCAGUACUAAAGUAUGGGCAAAAACAAUCUCCCGAAAGGUCGAGAGGGAAGAAAAAUACCCUUCAUGAAGAUGUAGUAGAUUCAACAGAAGGGAAAAAUAACAAGCAAUCUGCAGUGUUUUCUGAAUCAAUUGUUCGAUCAGAAAUGUUUGAUAGCGUGCUGUUAUGCAGUGCAGGAAAACAUGAAUCUGCUCUUCGUGAGACCUUUCAGGCUAUAUCAAGGCAAAAUGCAUUAGAGAAUGGCCCUUCAAAGGGAUCUAAUGGCAAGAAGUUACAAGGAAAGAAAAAAAGGGGUAAAAGAGAUGUAGUAGACUUGAGAACUCUCCUUACAAAUUGUGCACAAGCUGUUGCUGCAGGUAAUCAAAGAACAGCAAAUGAGCUUCUGAAGCAGAUCAGGCAAAGUUCUUCUCCUUUGGGUGAUGGGAUGCAGAGGCUGGCCCAUUAUUUCGCUGAUGGGCUUGAAGCCCGGAUGGCUGGUUCCGGUACUCAUAUUUAUAAAGCCCUUAUUACACGGCCCGCAUCAGCAUCUGAUGUAUUGAAAGCUUACCACCUACUGCUUGCUGCCUGCCCGUUUCGGAAAAUGUCUAGCUUUUUCUCGAAUAAGACAAUUAUGAAUCUAGCUGAAAAGGCUUCGACUGUACAUAUUAUAGACAUUGGCAUUAUGUAUGGUUUUCAAUGGCCUGGCCUCAUACAACGUCUCUCUUCUAGAUCAGGUGGACCUCCAAAGCUUCGUAUAACCGGGAUUGAUUUUCCAAAUCCUGGUUUCCGACCAGCAGAGAGGGUUGAGGAAACGGGGAGACGGUUAGCUCAUUAUGCUGAGAGCUUCAAUGUUCCUUUCGAGUUCAAUGCUAUAGCGCAGAAGUGGGAAACGGUUAAACUCGAGGAUCUUAAGAUCAAUAAGGGCGAGGUUCUUGUUGUAAACUGUCUGUACCGUUUUAAAAAUCUACUUGAUGAGACCGUGGUGGUAAAUAGUCCAAGAGAUGUUGUUCUGAAUCUUAUCAGGAGGUUGAAUCCAGAUGUUUUCAUACUGGGGAUUGUAAGUGGUGGUUAUAAUGUCCCAUUCUUUAUCUCACGAUUCCGCGAGGCUAUUUUUUACUACUCGUCGUUGUUUGAUAUGCUUGAUGCUAUUAUUCCCCGGGAAGUACAUGAGAGAAUGCUGGUUGAAAAGAAUAUACUUGGUCCGGAGGCAAUGAAUGUCAUCGCGUGCGAAGGUGCUGAGAGAAUUGAGAGGCCAGAAACAUACAAGCAGUGGCAAGUCCGAAUUGUGAAGGCUGGUUUUCGACAGCUUCCUUUGGAUGAGGAGAUCAUGAGAAUGACAACAGAACGGUUCAAGGUGUUUGACAAGAACUUCGUGAUUGAUGUAGAUAGUGAAUGGCUACUGCAGGGAUGGAAGGGUCGUAUCGGAUAUGCACUUUCAACAUGGAAGGCAGCUUAUUAAAUUUGUUUACGUUCAGCAGCCAUGAUAUCUCUCUGCCCCUCGUAAACAAUGAGCUGAUGAAUGAAAGCUAUGAUGACUUAUUCCUCAGAUAUCAGAGCAGAAUUUCUUGUUUUGGCUUCUUAAUUGAUGGACAAGUGCACGAGAUGUUUUUACUAGAUGUCCUAUGUUUACUUUCUAUAAUGUAAUUUUUUGAUGACCAAGUACAUUGAACAAGAUUUUUGUGUUGUAAGUGUAUACAUGAUAAAAUAUAGCUUGACACAUGGCAUGGCGAGAAGGGAACACGUGGCAUUUGAAGGCGAAAUGUUGCUUAGUCGUUUAACUUGGUCGGAACGAGAGACCCCGGUUAACCUUGGAGCAAACUUGUCAAGUCAAUUGUUUCGAGUCAUUAAUUAAAGAUAAACGUUGUGUGACCGGUCAGGGUUCAAAGCAGACGUUACGAUGUUAUAUCUCGUAUUUUUGCACA